CCGGAGGAGGCGUCAAACCGAGGAGACAGUCAGCGGAGGCGCGCCUUGCCGGACAUGUCUGAGAAUCCCUCCAGCUCCGCCACCGCUCUGCCGCCUUUUGGAGCUUUUUGAAGAAGAAUAAAGGAGAUCGAUCCCCUCCUCUCUCUCUCUCUCUCUCACUCACUCUCUCUCUCGGGAUUUCUUUGUUUUUUUGCGCAUCCUCUGCCCCGCGUGCCUCCUCUCCCCCCCCGGUCCCCGGUCGCCAUGUCCUCCGGUGAUGCGUCGGAGCAGAGUCGGCGGGUCAGCGUGCUGAGUUGGGAUCAGGUGCGGCGUUUGGACUCCAUCCUGGGGGAGAGCGUGCCGAUCCACGGCCGCGGGAACUUCCCCACGCUGUCCGUGCAGCCCCGGCAGAUCGUGCAGGUGGUCAGGGCUCGCCUGGAGGAGCGGGGCGUGGUGGUCCGUGACGUGAAGCUGAACGGCUCGGCGGCGAGCCACGUGCUCCACCAGGACAACGGCCUCGGCUACAAGGACCUGGACCUGAUCUUCGGCCUGAGCCUGACCGACGACAGAACCUUCCGUCUGGUGAAGGACGUGGUGCUGGACUGCCUGGUGGACUUCCUGCCGGAGGGCGUGUGCAGGGAGCGGAUCACGGCGCUCGCCCUGAAGGAGGCGUACGUGCAGAAACUGGUGAAGGUCUGCAACGAGACAGACCGGUGGAGCCUCAUCUCGCUGUCCAACAACACCGGCAAGAACGUGGAGCUGAAGUUCGUGGACUCUCUGAGGAGGCAGUUCGAGUUCAGCGUGGACUCGUUCCAGAUCACGCUGGACUCGCUGCUGCUCUUCGACCGCUGCUCGGAGACCGCCAUGUCCGAGACCUUCCACCCCACGGUUCAGGGGGAGAGCAUGUACGGGGACUUCCAGGAGGCUCUGGGCCACCUCCGCUCCAAGACUAUCGCCACCCGCAGCCCCGAGGAGAUCCGGGGCGGCGGGCUGCUCAAGUACUGCCACCUGCUGGUGCGCGGCUUCCGGCCGUCCUCCGAGACUCAGAUGAAGCAGAUGCAGCGCUACAUGUGCUCGCGCUUCUUCAUCGACUUCCCCGACAUCGGCGAGCAGCAGAGGAAGCUGGAGACGUACCUCCAGAACCACUUCGCCGGCAUGGAGCACAAGCGGUACGAGUACCUGUUGACGCUGCGGCGGGUGGUGGACGAGAGCACGGUGUGCCUGAUGGGCCACGAGCGCCGGCAGACGCUGGCGCUCAUUUCCGCCCUGGCGCUGCGCGUGAUGGCCGAGCAGAACGCUAUCCCCGCCCUGGCCAACAUCACCUGCUACUACCAGCCCGCGCCCUACGUCAGGGACGUCAACUUCAGCAACUACUACGUGGCGCAGGUGCAGUCGCCCAUGGUGGCGUGCAGUAACUCUUACCCAACAUGGCUGCCCUGCAGCUGAACGGCGACUUGACGGACCUGCGGGGAGCUUCUACACCGUUUGAAUCCAGCGUUCAUCACCUUACAGUGUGGACGGUUUUCCUGUUACGGAGACAAUCCGCUGGUUUUAAUCGUCCAGUUCGGCAGUCUUCAUGAAUCCUGUCUGUUUUUUUUUUUCUUUUUCUAUGUAUUUAAAGUAAAAGACAAAAAAAGUAAAGAAUGUUGCUUUUCUAUGAUCGGUCAUGCUUUUUGUUACGGCAAACAAAUUGACAGCAGUGUUGUUUUCAUGUACUUCAUGCUGUUCACGCUCAGUGACAGCAGUUUGGCUGGAAGUUGAUCAGAUGCGCAGCGGCGGAAAGCAGUGGAAGCACAUCCAGCUGCCAGCUGCACGUAUCUGUUCAGCGUGCUGAAAUAGAUCGACAAAGUCAACAAACGUUUCUGAAAGGCUUCUUCAGAGAGGCUGAAAUGAAAAAUCCCAGUGGAUAUUGAAACGGAGACAGAGCUAAAACCAACCCAGACGUUUGGUGGUAACGUGUGGCUUUUUGUUUUUUUUAAUUUAGAUUUUUUACUAAAAUGUCCCAUAUUAAAAAAAAGAAAUGAAUUUUUUUCCAAGCCUUAUUUCAGACCAUCCCACUAAGGCCUGAUUUACUCGACGCUUUCAAGUGAGAACGCAAAACUUUUGCCGCGUUUGGGGUGUCCGUUUCCAUGACAACAGUGGUCGGAGUAACUAAAAAACGCAACUUUUUGAAAAUACUCCAACUCCUUCUCCAUGUACAUGAACAAAUGGAGACAAAUAUGUGUGUUUUCAUUAUAAAACAACCAACAGCGCUGCACGAACUCCAUCGUUUCUGCCACUGUUGUUUCCUCAAACGGAAAUGCAAAAAAUGAUAUAUUUUCACUUGAAAGGUUGCAUCAGUGGGGUUAAGUCAUAAUAAUUAAUACUGCUGUAAAAAGAAAGAAAAAACAAUCGAGCCAUUAUACCUUUUCGAUCUGCUCUUUCGUACCCAGUUGUGGGCAAGUAUGGAAAAAUAUGAAGGCUUGAGAUGCGAUGGAGGAACUCUGCCAGUUCUCGUCUGGCUCCUUGUCUGAUGGAGACCCGCUUCGGGUCUUUAAUGAAUUGUAAAUACAAAGCCAGAAAGAUCUUUUUGUUUUGUUUUGUUUGUUUGUUUUUUUUCUUCUACUUUUUGUUCUGUCUGUGGUUUCAGCUGAUCUCACUAGGAUUGGAGGAAAAAUAAAGGACCAAAGAAACUCUUUCUUGUGUAGCAUGACAAACAAAAACUGUAUGAGGUUCCAAGUGCCUGAACAAGAUGUUUUUUUUUUGUUUUUUUUUAGUAGAAGCUAUGUAAGGACUGUUUUUUUUUUUUUUUUUUAAUCCAGGUUACUGUAAUUUUCUAUAUCCAGGGUCAGGGUAUUUGUUUUUAAAUCAUUAAAAGAGAAAAAAGUGAA